GGCUGUGCAAAGUCACCAGCCUCACUCCCUCCUCUGGAGCCAUUGGCCAGAUCUAGAGCAGGACCGCUGGAGAUGGCACCGGAUGCAGUGGGAGAUGGUCUUUUUUCAAUGACGUGGAUAGAUACGAUUUGAGGUCUGGCUCACCUUUGCAGCAAGUAGAAGGACCUGCCUGCACCACUAAAGGACAGCUGCUGAAAUAAGACUUUUUUGAACUGUUGCAAAGGAAAAAGGCAAAACCAAGAGAAGGAUACGCAAGGACCAAAAUAACGGGCAAAAGCCUAACUGUCUUGCUUUGAUACAAGAGGGUUCGAGGGAAUGGCAGCUCCCAGAGAUAGCUCACUGGCUACGUGAUGCUCCCCACAGAGUUCUCUUGCCUCCUGGGGCUGCUGGCCACAGCGGGCCUUGCCUGGAACCCCUACCCCGCACUGGAGCAGAGCUUCCGUGACCUGACGCCAGUCACCUGGGACCCCAUGGAGCAAUUUAAGGCCUUUCAGAUCCAGUAUAACAAGAGCUACCCGGACCCAGCAGAACAAAAACGGCGUUUAGAGAUCUUUGUGGACAACCUGGCCUGGGCCCAGCAGCUAACGAAGGAGCAUGGGGGCAUGGCCCAGUUUGGGGUGACCCAGUUCAGUGACCUCACAGAGAAGGAAUUUCGCCAGCUUUAUCGACCAGCCCAGCCCAGCUGCUCAGAUCCCAGGCCUAAGACGGGAGGGCAUCCAAGAUUGCAGAGGCCGCAGACUCAUUCCUGUGACUGGAGGAAGGCAGGAGUCCUGAGCCCUGUGAGAGAUCAGGAAAAUUGCAACAGCUGUUGGGCCUUCGCAGCCGUGAGCAACGUUGAGGCCUUGUGGGCCAUCAGGUACCAGCAGAAUUUCGAGCUCUCUGUGCAAGAAGUGCUGGACUGUCACCGCUGUGGACGAGGCUGUGAGGGCGGUUACAUUUGGGAUGCCUUCACAACUAUUGUCAACCAAAGCGGCCUGGCCGAGGAGAAGGAUUAUCCCUACAAAGCCCAGCUGUCCCACAAUGGCUGCCAAAAGAAAAAGAAACAGGCCUGGAUCCAUGACUACUUCAUGCUGCCCAGGAAGGAGAACUACAUGGCUCAGUAUUUGACAGAGAAGGGACCCAUCACUGUGAACAUCAAUUCGAGACUCUUACAGAACUACAAAACAGGGGUGAUCAGACCGCGGCACGAUUGUGAUCCCCAGUACUUGGACCACUACGUGCUGCUAGUGGGCUUUGGCCGGAUCCACAACUUCACCUACUGGAUCCUAAAAAACUCCUGGGGCAGCAGCUGGGGAGAAAAGGGCUAUUUCCGGCUGCAUCGAGGGAGCAACGCCUGCGGCAUCAACAAGUACCCAAUCACUGCUCGGCUGGAAGGAGGCCACGCCCCCCGCUGCCCCCGCUAAUGACUCCCACCCCGCCCCCCCACGGUGCUCAAUCCCUGCAGAGCGUCCCGUGCAGAGCUCAAUAAAACUGCUGGACCACGGUC